CUUCACCAAGCGUGCUGUAAUCAAAAGAGGUUCGUCAUGGAUGAUUCGAGUCAACCACCCACUGCAUCAGCUCCGGCACCAGUCGCCGCUAAACCACCGAUCGUUCGUGGGGCAAAGUGAGUACGCGAUAAGCUUCACACGUUCUAUCAGUGAUUAUCAAUCCUCAACAUCAUCGUGCGUGAUGUCUAGAGCCUGUACCGUAUGCCGUGCUGCUAAGAUGAGGUGUGUUGGUGCCGAAGAAGGCGGACCAUGUAACCGGUGUAAGAAACAGAACUCAGAGUGUAUAUUCGAGAAACAUAGACGAGGUCGCAAACCAGGAUCAAAGCUGAGUGAGGCAUCAAAAAUGCUCCGUAGGCUUGAAAAAAACCUCACUUCCGCUCGAGCGGCGGCCGCAAAUUCUGCGGCGUCGUCAUCCCCUUCAACAAAUAGUAAUGCCGCCGCACGCCCAGCGACUGCAGCCUCCACAGAUGGACGAAAUCCUAAUUCCUUCACAUCUCCUCUAAUAUCCACCGCGAACGGUGCAAGUGGUUGGCAGAGUUCGGGACAAACACAGAUGUCGCCGUCUGGAUCCAGUGGUACUGGUUCAAAUAUCCAGUAUAUCACAAUACCUGAAUAUAGUUCGCAAGGGGGACAGAUUGGGGGCCCAAUUAAGAGGGAAGAAGGCCAUUCAUCCACCGGAGUGACACCGAUGAUGGAUGUACUACAGCAUCCCACGCCAACCGGUGGGAGUGGAAGCACGCCUUCAGGAUCCCAGGCACAAAAUCGACCAGAUUAUUUCAAUCGCCAGCGAGGGUUUUCCGAUGCAACCCCCAACGCUUCCCAUGGCAACCCUCGUGGUGUAUCGUCGCCUCGUACGUCAUCUCCUUCAGGUUCGGAGUCGGAAGGUUCCUCUUCAAAACCAGACGAUGGUGAAGACAGAAACAACAAUUUCAACCUGUUCCCAGCGCAAGCUCUCGCCGAUGAGAACAAGCGUCUUUCAUUCUUUCAUACGAUCCUCAACCCACCGGAUGGUCAAGGGAGCGGAAGUGGGGAUGACAGCAAUGAUUCGAAAGACGGAACUACCAACUCGGGCGCUCCGAAGUCGAAGGGGAGAAAUCGUGGUGCCUCGAUGAAUGGUGCUCCCGGCGCUGAAGGUGGAACUGUCUCAGGAUCCGGUGUAGGUGGUGUUGGAAGUGGGCCUUUUGGGCCGUUCGGCAAGCCCAAAAAGGUGGUCGAUUUUGAAGACCCAAUCUCCGUGGGUCUCAUUACGGAGGACGACGCGAACGCUCUGUUCGAACUGUUUUUCCUACGCCUUAAUCCCUUCAUUUGCCUAUUCGACCCCGUCUUGCACACGGUAGGGCAUGUGCGGAAAGCAUGCCCCUUCCUUUUCACGUGUAUCAUCAUGGCGGGCUGUAAAUUUUGGAAACCGCAUCUCUAUCCAGCGUGCCAGCAGUUAGCUCAUGAUACGUGUGUGAAGGUUUUUGCCAACGGGGUCAAAAGCGUGGGCAUUGUGCAGAGCUUCGCAUGCAUGACCUACUGGAAAGAACCUGAUGAUCAAAACACCUGGACGUAUAUUGGAUAUGCUUGCCGCAUGGCAAUAGAACUUGGGUUGAAUCGUUACAUCUCAAAGCCGAAGGAGGACGAAUCGGACCAACAGCUACGCGAGCGUAGGGACCGUGAGAGGACCUAUCUCGUCCUUUUCGUUCAUGAUCGAUCACUCUCUAUGCAGACCGGUCGAAACUGGAUGUUGCCAGAGGAUGAUCUUGUUCGUACCUCCACGAACUGGCACGACAGCAAAUUCCUGAGACCUGAGGAUGUCAUCGUUGCCGCGCAGGUGCAGCUGAGAAGGAUUGCGGCCGAGACAACUGAUGUGUUUUAUCUGCACAAGGGUCAGCCUGGGAUGCUGUAUUCCGAUGUCAACUACGAACUGCUCCUUCGCGGAUGCAAUGGGAAGCUGACCGCUUGGUCGAACGUCUGGCAAGGCGAACUUCAGAAAGGCACGUAUCCUUUUCGCUUUGACAGUUCCGUGAAUCUCUCCUUGACUACCUUGCACAUUCUAGCCGAUGGUCAAAGCUUCCACAGUUCCGUGCUGUCUUUCUUCCGUCUCCAUGUCCGACUCUUCCUCAACAGCUUCGGGUUGCAAUCUUCGAUACACACUGCCAGCCGUGAGGCUCCCAGUUUGCAAGCCCUCUCAAACUGUUACACAAGUGCGCUGCAGUCAUUGGAGAUUGUUACGGCAGAAUUCGCUCCUAUCGGCAUGUUGCGAUACGUUCAGGACUCGAUAACAGUCAUGACUGCCUAUUCUGCGGUAUUCCUUCUGCGGCUACUUAGGCACUCAAAUACUCUGUCUGAUCUUCAUGAAGAAGCCACAAAGAAAAUUUACGAUCUAAUCUCCCAAACAGCUGAUGUUUAUCAGGAGGCCGCGCUUAUGGCGUCAUCCUCGGGCUCAGCCGGGUAUCACGCCCGUUUUCUUCGAAGUCUGGUGGCAAAGGAUCUAUCGGAUAAGCAACGCGCAGCAGAACGACGAGCGCACAAGCACCGCGACGCAGAUUCAACAAGCAGCUCCUCCCAACACGCAGCAUCGCCUUCACUUCUCCCCUCUCCUACGAACGCAAUUCCGUCCUACCACCCACCCCAACAUAUCCCCCGACACAGUUUUCAGUGGACUCAACGAUUGCUCCCCAUUCAAUCUCAUCGCCGAUCAAUGGGGCAGACAUCGCAGGCCCAACCGCAUUCUCACUGGCACAAUCGAUGCCUGGUGCUCAUUCGUAUGGUCUCAUGUCAGAUUCACAGAACUCCGAAAUGCAGUUCCAGAAUGCACUCAGCGCUCCUAUGCAGCUGCACGAUCAGACCUUCCAGUUCUCCUCAUAUACCCGUCCACAACAAAAUGGCGGCCCGAACGGAAAUGCUCUGGAUUUCAGGACAUAUCAACCGAGCUCUCCAUGGGGGCAAGCUCCAGCUAGUCUCACAGACCCGUUUGGUCAGCCAGAAUAUCAACACGUCAAUGGGGUAUCCGAUGCGGAUAUCAAUUAUUGGAGACAUAUGUUCGUCAACCUUGGAUUUGGGAAUGGUUAAGCGACUCUUGCUUAGGUGUCCUUCGAAUUUCUUGGCGUCUUUAUCUGCUUUUUGAGUUAUGCUUUCUUAACCUGACCAUGUUGACUCUUUCGUAAUGACCAUUGUAACCUUUCUCUUCCUCCCACUGCUCUAUACCAUUUUGUUAUCAGGAUAAUGGUUGUGACGCUUCCGAUUUGAAUUUGCGUGUUUGGCGCUGCUAGAAUAGUUUGAAAAGUGUAUCUACUAGUAUGUAUUCACGUUUCACAGCUGAUGCCCCAACACAUGGUGCAUGAACGUUCCAUAAAUGCCAAUCUUAUGAUGCGAUCAUUUG